AUCACCCAAUCUCAGUUGACUGCGGGAAUUUGAACGAUCCGGACGGAACGGAACGGGAAUACCUAAACCCUUGUGGGCGAAGGCUACUUGGAUUUUUUUGGGUGGAAAAGUUUAAAGUGAUGUGAAGAAUGAGUUGGUACUUUUAAAUUCAAGAAGAAAAGUGAUCAAAAACCCGUUUAAAAUUGAGGAUUAAGUGGAGAAAAAGUAUGAACACAUUGGCCCACAAUCUGAGCCCGAUUCAGUCCAAUAUUUCACGGCUAGACACCGGAACCGCACAACUCCCGUCGACGACCUCGAACAAACCAUCCCCCGCACCAACUCCGACCAUGGUCGUGGUGGCCUCACUUGUCAGCGGGGGUGACAUUCGUCCCUCCCAGUCCACGUCCUCGAACGACGACGCCCAGGCAAAUGACUUUCUAUCGACGUCCCUCUCGUCACCGGCGUCCGCCGUCUAUCUGCUCCAGCAUCACCACAGCCAAGGACUUCAUGACCAUCAGGACCAUCUUCAGGACGGUGGUGGUCAACAGCAGCAGCAGCAGCAGCAACAUCACCAGCAUCAUCACAAUGGGAGUGCGACCACCAGCAGCAGUAAUGGAACCGCGGGAAGUGGCAGCAAACGAAGCAUAACUUCUUCGCCGACUGGUGCCGCCGGAACGAGUUCGGCGCUGGCGGCGGCCUCUGCGACCGUGGUGACCAGCCACGUGAAUCCGUUCCAUCACAAUUCGGCGUCGGCGACCACGUUGGCAAAUGACUACUACUCCGAGUACCGUCUGGGAGCCGAGUACCGGCUAAACUCGCACCAUCACCAUCACCACCACCAUCAUCAUCCGCGGGACCUGUGGACGGCGGUGGCCACUUCCCACGGAGGCGGUGGCGCCGUCGCCAGCAGCGGCACCGGCAUCGUCGACGGUCUGCUCGACGAAAGCUGCGAAACGAGCUCGUACGGUUCCUUGAGGCACUCUGCCAGCACGACUGCCGGAAAAACGCUCCGAAACGAACGCUCGGCAUUCUUCGAUUUCGCGACAACCCCUUCGACCCACCCAGCCGCUGCAGCCGCCGCCUACUGCUACCGUCUCUCAACCCCACCCCAGCUCGUGAAACGCGAACCCAGCGACGUGACGGCAUGGCACACGGCCUACUCGGAUCUCCGCUUUUCCGACCCGCUCUACAGUUCGCUCAAAUCGCUCCAGAACCAGUCGGGAUCGGCCGGAUCGCCGGUUCACCAGUUGACCGGCGGUGGUGUUCCAACGCCCCAGUCCCACUCGUCCAUCUUUCCGGAUUCGACGUCCCACCUGGUCUCGUCGUCGGCGGCGGCGGCCGCGGCCCUGGACCACCAUCAUCACAGUCUGACGGCUGCGGCCACGGAAGUGUUUUUGCACCAUCACCAUCACCACCAUCAGGGUUACGGUGCGGCGGCGGGAACCUAUCGACAGCCGUCGGAUAUUGUGACCUCGUCGGAACCGGAUUACAGUUUAGCUGGUGGCACCGGGAGUGCCGUCGGUGGUUCGUCUGCGGCGACGGCAUUGGCCAGCAUAUCGACGACGAAUCCGUCGCCGUUGAAUUCGUUGCCAGGUCAAAACGGACCACUGCACCAGCGCCGUGGAUCCCUCCAACUGUGGCAAUUCCUGGUGGCACUCCUAGACGAACCCAACUCGAGCGCCGGCUGCAUCGCGUGGACCGGCCGCGGCAUGGAGUUCAAGCUGGUCGAACCGGAGGAGGUGGCGCGCCGCUGGGGAAUCCAGAAGAACCGCCCGGCCAUGAACUACGACAAGUUGUCGCGCAGUCUACGGUACUACUAUGAGAAAGGAAUCAUGCAGAAGGUCGCCGGCGAGCGGUACGUGUACAAGUUCGUGUGCGAUCCGGAGGCGCUGUUUAACAUGGCGUACGGGACGACUGCGGCGGCGGCCGCCAGUGGUGGAGCAGGUUCCGGCUCGGGAUGUGGGGGGUUGGACGGGUCGGGGAUGGGCCAUCAUCAUCACCACGGGCAUCACCAUCACCUGUUGCAGCAGCAUCACGGGGCGGGUUCGUCGUCGCCGACCAACUGCCACCAGGGCUCGGGGAGUAACCUGGCCGGUGGAGACGAACCGGACGUGGAACGGAGUUCGUACUUUACGAACGGCUCAGCGACGUACAAUCAUGGAAAUUGA